AUGCGUGGUUUUGCAUUUAGCCACUAGAGUGCCUAAAAUAUUGCAAGUUUAGGAGUUGUAAGGAGUCAGUUCUUAAUUGUAUUAUUAAAUUGUUAUGUUUAUUAAAAUUCCUGAUUAACUAUACAAUGCAGUCUGUAAGGAGUUUAGUCCAGAGUAAUGUCAAGCAAUGGAGAGCUUUCUCCAGUUGUUGUAUACUGAUGCGGAGUUCCCAGUCACAGGCACAGAGUGAUCAGAGUGCAGAGCUUAAUUAUGCACCUCUAACAUCUGUAACAGAAGGACUGCUUCAAGUGCCUCAGCCAGAAGGGGAAGAGAAGAAAUUCUCUCCCAAGAUUGAAAGUUUGGUGAAUGAGAUAACAAAAUUGAACCUGAUUGAGGUUGGAGAGUUGAGUGAUCUUCUCAAGAAGAAACUUAAUCUGCCUGAUACACCACUUCUGCCAGUGGGUGGUUUCUCACCAGUACUCACAGCUGCAGCUCCAGAGGAAGAAGAGGAGGAGGUAUCUUCAAAGAAGGUGCAGACUAGCUUCACAGUGAAGUUACUUAAGUUUGAUGAGAAACAGAAAGUUGCUCUUAUCAAGGAAGUGAAGAAUUUGCUGGAGGGAAUGAAUCUUGUUCAGGCAAAGAAGUUUGUGGAGAGUGCUCCAACAGUUGUAAAGGCAGAUAUGCCCAAAGAUGAAGCUGAGAAGCUGAAGGAGGCCCUUUGUAAAGUAGGAGCAGAAUGUGUGAUAGAGUAGUGUGUUGCCAGGAUUACUUCAGUCUGAGCACAAGUGCCAUACUGGGGUGAGGCUGCACAUAGGGCUGAUGCAGUAUAGAGGAAAUAUUCUGUUCAAUCUCAAAAUUUCA